AUGACGGCCCUAUGUAACGCACUUAAUUUAAAUAACGGAGAUUACAUAUGCCAGAAUGGUGUAGGAGGGCUUUCGGUGAUUCAACGCCUUUUAUGCGUUAGCACCGCGUUCCUUUUUUUCUCUGUAUUUUUUGUAAGUGUGUGUUCGGUGCUAAGGCAUUAUUGCCGUCAGUUUUUGACGAUGACGAUAGAAAUUCAAUGCGAUUUGACCUCCCGUGUGGUCUCCGUCUUUCAUAGUGUUCUUGUUGUUCCCGCCUUACUCGGUGGCGUGGCCUCAAUGAAGUGGGGGGACAAUUAUGAGCCGAUUGGUGAUGUUUCUUUCAUGCAGGGAUUACUGUGCAUCAGUAUUGGGUACUUUUUGUACGACACAGCGGUAUUGGUACUUUAUCGACAACCAAACUGGCUGUGUUUUGUUUUCCAUCACGUUGUGUCAAGUAUUCCGUAUUUUAUUUACAUGUUUAUCGGAUAUUGUCCAUAUGGCCUUUUUAUUCUUGUGUGUUUUAUGCUUGUGGAAACGACAAAUAUGUCGUUGUAUACAAAAACCACCUUGGAGGAAAAUGGCAUGUCCAACACGAAAAUGUACUCUGUUGCACUUUACAGCCUUUUCUUUCUGUGGAUUGUGUUUCGUCUCAUUAACCCAACAUUGCUUCUUAUCAUUAUGCAUAGAUACAUCAUCCCGAGUAUUCCGGUUGGAAAAAGACUGUGCCUGGUUCCUAGUGUACUUUGCGCUUACGUUGUCAGCUUUCUCUGCUACGGUGUCUUCGUUAUUUUGUGCAGGGAGAUGCUGCUUCACUGGAAAAGAUCGACAGUCGCGGGAGACGAAGUGUCCAUGGAAGCUACGCCGGCGGGGGAAGUGACCGUGUCUGAUGUGAAGGAGAGUGAUUUCCAAGCCACCGAAUUGAAUUUACCGCAUCCGUCUGUGCGAGAGGAAAAUUAG